CGAACAUCAAGACUAUUUCAUUCUCACCCUCUCUUCCUCUCUUCUGCUUUUCCUUUGUCUCCCUCCUCGCCAAAUUUCUCCGAAUUUCUUAUCUUUUUUCACAUUCCAGUUCACUUCAGUUUUCACUUUUGGAACCCUUCCUUCCUUUUCAAAUUAGGGUUUUAUUUUCAAUUGGAACCCUUCCUUCCUUGCUCACCUUCAACCUUAAAUCUUGCUUGUAAAAGGAAGAGAAGGAGUAAGCAAGCACAUUUGUAUCUCCAAGAUAUGAACUCUGUGGCAAGGCGUUGCUUGUUCAAAACUUCAGGUUUCACAACUGAACCCUUCAAUAUUGGGUAUAAUCAAAUGCAGCAGCUUCAGCAAUGCAGAGGCAUACGAGUGAGGGUCAUGGAUGAGAAUUUGGAAAUGGCAUUGGCAUCGAUGCAGCGUAAGAUGCAAGGAAGUGGGAUUGAGAGGAUGAUAAAGCAGGAACAGAGAUUCCAUAUCAAAAACUCUGAGAAGCGUGUUUUAGCCCAAAAGAACUUGGAGCGAAGGAUUCGAUCUGAGGAUUUUGCUAAGAAACUUAAAACCAUUAUGAUCAAGAAAGUCAGGGGUCUAUGAGGAGGUUGCAUUUGGCACCAAAAAUGGUCAUCAUAAGUUGCAGUUAUUUUGUAAUCUGCAUGCCAUCACCGCAGUUGACAUAUUCUUUCCAAUUGCCUUGAUCAGGUAGUGCCAUGUGUAUUUUGUAGCUGUUAGGGUAGCAUAUGCAUUUGCAAAUUGCAAUACAAAAAGUAUUCAUUUGAUGAUAACUAAGACAAUUGUGUGGUUAGUUCUUGAAUCUGGGUCAAGACGUUGAAUGUUGUUAAGUUGUGCUGGAAGCAGUUUUCAAGCAAAAUUUUCUUGUGAUU